AUGAUAAGAAAAAAAAAUGAAAUUACUAAAAUAGGUGCUGCGGUUAAAGAUCCAACCAAUGCAAAAAUUUACACAAAAGAGAAUAAAAUAAACAAUGUAAAUAAUAAUAAACCAAUUGGUAAUAAGAAGAAAAAAAAUAAAAAGAAAAAGGUACCAAAAGAUAAGAUCCAAAAAGAAGAACAUGUCGAAAUAACUGAAAAAAAAGAACUAGUAGAAAAUUAUAAAAUAAAUACAUAUGAUGAAAGUGGUAAUAAAUUAUUAAGUCAUAUUGUAUUAUAUAUAAAAUUAAGAGAAGAAGAAAAAUUAAAUGAAUUGCUACAAAAGUAUUAUAAGGAUAAAUACAUUCCCUUAUUUUAUAUUGAAUGUGAUAUAGAUGUAUGUAUUUAUAACAUUUUUUUCACGUUAUCCAAUUCUAAUGGUUUAUUAUAUAUGGAUAGUAAAAAUGAUUACAUGUUGUUAAAAAAAAAACAAUCCAUUUACUUUUAUAACAUAUUAAAUUGCAAAUGUUUAAACACUAUAUUAUAUUACUUGAAAGAAUUUUUUAAGGAUUAUAAAAUGGAUGAUUUUGAAAAUGUUUGUGAAACCUUACAGUUAACUUAUUUCUUUUUCUUUCUUUUAUGGAAAGAUACGUAUGAAUUAUAUAACAAUAUAAUAAAAAGGUUUUGUUUAGAUACAUUUAAAAUUAUAUCUAUGUUUAAAUAUUAUUUAUAUGAAAAAUAUAUAAGCUACAAAAAUAAAUGUAUCUUAAAUAAAUUUGUGUUAUUAAAAAAAAUAGAGAGUGAAAAUUAUCAUAAUGAUUUUUUUUCAUUUGAAAACAAAGUAAUUUGUAAUUUAUCUUAUAAGAAUGAAAUCAUAUUUGAACAUUUGAAUAUCAAGAUAUAUUCUCCUGUAAAUUUGGAGAAAAAGUAUUUUAUAAGUAUACUUAUAAAAAAUAAGUCCUAUGAAUAUAUAAAGGAUAUGUUAUUUUUGGAUUUAUUCCAAGUGCAUAUAAUAACAAAUUCUAAUAUGAAUAAUAAAGAAAAAUUAAUUAAUACACCGAAUGAUAUAUCAAAUAUUUGUCAUAACACAAUGUGUAGUGAUAAGGAUGGGACUAUAAUAUCACCACUUAAUAUAAAGGAUAGUUCAGAUGUGUUAUUAUUAAAAGAUUAUAAAAAAAGUGUAUUUCAAUCAGAGGAAAAGAAUAAUAAUUUUAAAUAUGAAUACAUUAUUGAAAUGCCUCACUAUAUUUAUGACAAUGAUGACAUAGAUGUAUGUUUUAUUGAAUUUAAGAAUAAAAUAAAGUAUAGGCAUUUGUGUGAAGCAGAAAUUUUGUUGCACACAAAAAAUGAAACAUUAUUUGUUAACCCUAAUAUGAUAAAAACAUACAAUGGAAUGGAUACAAAUGAAUAUAAAGAAGAAAAUAAAAGAGAGGAAUAUUUCAUUUCAUCAAAUCUGGAAGAAAUGAAUAUUCUUAGUACUCAUGGAGAAUAUAAACAAGAUAUUUUAGCAAAAAUGAAUGAUGAUAUUUGCUUUGAUACAAAAGUGGGUGAAAAUAAAGUGAUGCACAUGGGGAAAUCUUAUGAAAAUUUGGAAAAUACCAAUAAAAAAAAUAAUAAUAAUAUUUAUAAUAAUAAUAUUAAUAAUAAUGGUUAUAUACAUACUCCCAAGGAUUUAAAUCUAAAUGAUGAAUAUGAAUCAAACCUCUUAUAUAUGGAAUGUUUAAUUAAUAAUAAUGAAAUAAAUAUUUGGAGGGUUCAAAAUACAAAAUUCAAAUUAAAUAAUAAAACAUAUUUAAAAAUACAUUCGAAAAGAAUAGGAAAUUACUAUAUUGAUUUAAAUAAUAUUAAAAAUAUUCCUUAUCAAAAUUGGAGUAUUGAAUUUAUGGAUAAUAUUAUAAUUAUAAAAAUAAUAAAUAAAAUGAAUAUAGAAUUUGAAUUUCAUAUAACGCGUGAUGGUAUAUUACUUAUAGAUAACAAGAUAGAUAUUUUAAAAGAUUUAUAUAAUAUCCUUUUCGAUGUACCCAUGUUACUUUUAUUAAUGAAAAAAAAGGGAAUAAACUUUUUGGUUACUAAUAUAGAAAUACAGAAAAUGAUGAGCGAAAAAUAUUUUGUAGAAAAUGAUGAAACGGAGCAAAAUAUAAUUCAUGAUAUUUUAUUAUGUUUCAAAUUUAUGAAUUUUUAUUCAUCUAAUGAAAACUUAGAUAACUCAAAAACGAUAAUAAAAAUUAAGAUACAUGAAACAAGUAUUAUGGACAAAUUAGGGGGGAUAUUAAAUGAGCCUAUAGAUAUAAUAUAUGAAAAGACACACUGCAAAAUUUCCAUUACUGAACGGAAUGAAUAUCAAAAGAAGCUUAAGAAAUAUUUAACAAAACAUAAGUCUUUAUUAUUUUGCCUAUUCGAAUUAUGUGAAUACAUAUAUUUGUUUCUUGAUAAAAAAGAAAAAAUAAUUGAAAAUAAUAAACACGAAAAAAAUAUACAAGAUCGAGAAGAUGAUAAUCAAGAAGAUAACAAAAAUGAUAUAAAAAAUUUUCAAAGUUUAUUAAUUAAUAUAUUUAAUUAUAACAACAUUAAAAAAAUUAAAAAUGUAAUAAAAGAAAAUGAUAACAAUAAUAAUUGUACAAUACCAAAUGAAAAUAUUAACAUAUUGGACGAUCAAUAUAAUGAUAUCCUCAAAUUUAAUGAGAUGGCAUAUCAUUUUUAUUUAUUUUUAAAACUCACCAAAAUGGUUUUAUUAACAAAUAUAUAUAAAUAA